AUGUCGUCUGCCUUCCACGAUGACGGAUCGCAACUUCGUGGGCAUGGGUCCACGGUCACGCGAGUUGCUGCUCCGCGUGAACAAUACAACGAGGACGACGCAGAGCACCGCCAGCUCCGUCGAGUCCGAGGACCUCUGCCAUGGCUACUGUUCGCUGUCUGCGUUCUCGAGAUGGGAGAGCGUUUUGUGUACAUUGGUCUGAGCGGGCCUCUGCAGAAUUACAUACAAAUCCCGUAUCCCAGCAGCAACGGUGUGCCUGGUGCCCUAGGCCGGGGCCAGUCAACUGGUGCCGCGCUUGGAAACUUCUUCAAGUUUUGGGCCUACUUAUGUACGGUCUUUGGAGCUAUUGUCGCCGAUCAGUAUCUCGGCAAGUUCAAGACAAUCAUUUGCUCGGUGCCCAUCUACGUCAUCGGCAUGGUGAUUCUCGUGGCUACCUCGACUCCUGCCGGCAUAACUUCUGGCGCAGCCAUGGGCGGGCUCAUUGCCAUGAUGAUUCUCGUCGGCCUCGGCACGGGUGGCCUGAAAUCCUGCAUCGCGCCACUGUCCGCCGAGCAGAACACUUCGUUCAAGUCUUAUAUCAAGAUGACCAAAUCUGGCGAGCGCGUCGUGGUCGAUGCGCAGCUGACGAAUGCCAGUAUCUUCAUGUGGUACUACUGGGCAGCCAAUGUUGGAUCUCUCGCAAGUCUGAUCACGACUAGUGUCGAAAAGGCGCAUUCUUUCUGGGUCGCUUAUCUGAUCCCUCUCGUUGUCUUCCUCAUGACCUUCGGCGUGUUCAUGUUCUUCAGCCGGCGUCUCACCACCGCACCAGCGCAAGGUUCCGCGAUUAUCGACGCCUUCAAGACGACCGCCAUCGCCAUCCGGGAGCGCGGCUUCGAGAACGCAAAGCCCUCCGCCCUCGCCGCCCGACGACGCCUCGAGAAGUACGCCUUCGCACGCGCCAACGAUCGGUACACCGACAGCUACGUGUCCGAGAUUCGCAGCGGCAUUGGUGCGUGCAAGUACUUUGUCCUGUUUCCCGUAUACUUUGUCGUCUGGAUCCAGGCUUUUUCAAACCUGGUGGCGCAGGCCGGGUCGAUGAAGCUGGGGGGCACGCCGAACGACUUGAUGCAGAGCCUCGAGACUAUCUUUAUGCUUGCAUUCAUCCCGCUACUUGACAUCAUCAUCUACCCCUUCCUCCGCAAGCAGUGGGGCAUCCACCUGAACCCGAUCCUGCGUAUAUUUCUGGGCUUCAUCAUGGCCGCGCUGGCCAUGACGUACUGCUGCGUGCUGCAGCACUUCAUCUACGCCUCGCCCGAGGAGAACAGCAUCGACGUGUGGCUGCAGACGCCCGCGUGGAUCUUCAUGGCGCUGUCCGAGAUUUGGGUCGUCGUCACGGGGCUCGAGGUCGCGUUCCUCAAGGCACCAGAGUCGUUGAGGGCGUUCAUCUCGUCCAUGUUCUGGUUGACCAUUGCGUUUGGGGCUGCGGUUGGCAUCGGCCUGUCGCCUGUGAGCAAGGACCCGUACAUGGUGUGGCUUUAUGGCGGGAUCGCUGUCGCGGCGUUCGUGUCGGGCGUACUCUUCUACUUGUGGUUUAGGAAUGAUAUUGCCAACGGCAUUGUUCCAGCCGGGGAGGUGAGUGCGCUCACGGGAGUCGAGGUAGAGAAGGUGAAGGGGAUCGAGGCGGGCAAGGUGUCUGUUGGCGGCGACAAGCCGCCUCUGGCAGCCUGA